AUGGCUUCCAUCCGCGUGCUGUCGUUCGAUGCUGAGGGCCGCCCUGUGCAGUUCACCACUUGGCUAGAUGACCUGCAGCUGUUCCUCCUGAGCGAUAGCAAGGAGCAUGUGUCGCUCUAUGAUUAUGCGUCUGGUGCUGCGCCUGCCCCUCCUGCCACAGCUGAGCUUAGUGUUCGUUCCCACUGGCAGACUCGUGACGCAGCUGCUCGCCUAGCCAUUCGCAGUCACCUGCCGUUAGCUGAGCUCGAGCAUUUUGGCGACUGCAAAUCCGCUAAGGCCCUGUACGACGCUGUCGUUGCUCGCUACUCCUCACCGGCCACAGCUGAGCUUAGCCGCCUCAUGCUGCCUUACCUGUUCCCUGAGCUGUCCACCUUUGCUACAGUCGCCGAUCUUAUCACCCACCUUCGCACUAGUGACGCUCGCCUGCGUGCCGCCCUUCCCACUGAGUUCUGCGCUAAGAACCCCCCUCCACUGUACUGGACACUCCACUUCAUAGUCACCCGUCUCCCUGACACCCUCAGCUCAGUGCGCGACUAUUUCCUUGCUCGCUGUCCCACUGAGCUCACUGUCGCCCUCCUAGAGGAGAAGCUGCUAGCAGCCGAGAAGAGCAUUGUAGCUGUAGGUGCUGCUCGCGGCGCUCCUCGCACCCCCAUCUUUGAGGGGUGCUCUCCCUCUCCCCUCGCUCCCUCCUAUGCUACUGCUGCUGCUGUUGACUUCCUUGGUGCUGAGUCUGCUGGCGCUGCUUCUGCUCCUGGUGGGAGGCGCCGCACCGGCAAGGGCAAGGGGGGCAAGGGUGGCGGGGGUGGCGCUGGGGGGGGAGGAGGUGGGGGAGGUGGGGGGGGAGGCGGUGCUGGAGGGAGCGGUGGCGGGAGUGCUGGUGGGAGUGGGGUCGGCAGCGGAGGCGGGGGCGGCGGAGGGAGCGGUGGCGGUGGUGGCGGCGGCGGCGGUGGCGGCGGCGGCGGCGGUGGCGGUGGCGGCGGUGGCGGUCGGAGCGGAGGUAGUGGUGGCGGCGGAGGUCGGAGUGGAGGCACUGGCUCGGGCCAGAGCUCCCACCAGCAGCAGCAUCCCCAAACGACCCAGCAGCUUCGUGAGUGGCUUGCUCAGCGUGGGACGUCGGGGGGCAGUGGCCGCUGUUCCUAUGUCAUUCGCACAGGUGACCGCAAGGGACAGACGUGUGGGAGGUUCCACACCCUGUACCGCUGCUUCUCCCGCCUUGACGACGCUUGGCGUGAGGAGAUGGGCGAGGAUGUUGAGCGCCCCCGCUGGGCUGAGCUCAUGAGGGCUGGUGUUGAUAUCUUUGCUCUUGACUAUGAUGCUAUUAUUGCUGCCAUGUAUGCAUUGACUGUUAGUGCCGAGGGAGACUGUUACUUGUGUGUGCCGCCUGACCCAGGUAUAGAGCCCGCUGCCCUGGGUACUAGUGAGUCUGCUCUCUCUGGUCUGGUGCCCUCUGUGGCUGCUCCCUCCAGUACUGUCCCUACUGCUUGUGAGUCUGCUCUCUCAGGUACAGCACCCACAGAGACUGCUCUCUCAGGUACUGCACCGGCUGAGGCCUUGCACACCUUCACCCUUGACUCAGGUGCUUCCCGCUGUUUCUUUCGUGACAGUACUGAGCUCACUCCACUUCCUGCACCGGUCCCAGUCUCCUUGGCUGACCCCUCGGGGGGCCCAGUCCUUGCACGGUCCACCACUGUGCUCCCGUGUCCGGCGGUUCCGUCUGGCUCGUUGUCGGGUUUCCACCUCCCCUCGUUCUCGACGAACCUGGUGAGCAACGCUGUCAUCCAGGAUCAGUGGGUUGACACCUUUACUCCUGGAGGACAGCGUGUGGCGAUCCUCACGUGCUCCAGGACUGGCCGUCACCUGGCUACGUUUACCCGUCAGCCGGGGUCGAGUCUCUACACACUGUCCACUGCGUCUCCUCAGGUCGCUGCUGUCGGUCAGGUGUCCGCGUCAGGUCUGGUAGCCCACGCCUGUGAGUGUCGUUCCCUGUCGCACCAGACUCUUCUCUGGCACCACCGCCUGGGCCACCCCUCCUUGCCACGCCUCCGUGGCAUGCACCGUCGCCACCUUGUGUCUGGUCUUCCCAGGUCCCUCCCUCCCCUCCCUGCCUCGCCUGCGCCGCCUUGCCUUCCUUGCGUCGAGGGGCGGCAGCGCGCCACUCCUCACUCCUCCUCGUUCCCCCCGACAGAGGCUCCUCUGCAGACCCUCCACCUGGACGUGUGGGGCCCAGCCCGCGUUCGUGGCCAGGGCGGUGAGCGGUACUUUUUGCUGGUUGUCGACGACUACUCGCGUUACACCACGGUCUUCCCCUUGCGCACCAAGGGUGAGGUCCCUGCUGUUCUGAUCCCUUGGAUCCGCACAGUUCGUCUCCAGCUCCGCCGCCGUUUCCGGACAGAUCUUCCUGUCCUGCGUCUGCACUCUGACAGAGGUGGUGAGUUCUCCUCCGACCUCUUGAGGACCUUCUGUCAGGCGGAGGGCAUCGAGCAGACCUUCACGCUUCCGGACUCCCCACAGCAGAAUGGGGUUGCUGAGCGCCGCAUUGGCCUGGUCAUGGAGGUCGCUCGUACCUCCUUGGUCCAUGCGGCGGCUCCCCAUUUUCUGUGGCCGUUUGCUGUCCGAUACGCCGCGCAUCAGCUCAACCUCUGGCCCCGUGUCUCCUUGCCGGAGACCUCGCCCACACUGCGUUGGACGGGGGAGGUUGGCGAUGCGUCGCGCUUCCGGGUGUGGGGUGCUCGUGCCCUUGUCCGCGAUACGUCCGCGGACAAGCUCUCCUCCCGCACGCUUCCCUGUGUCUUCCUUGGCUUUGUCCCUGACGCGCCUGGCUGGCAGUUUUACCACCCCACCUCGCGCCGGGUCUUCGCCUCUCAGGACGUCACCUUUGACGAGUCGGUCCCUUUUUACCGUCUCUUCCCCUACCGCACUGCCCCCCUCCCUCCCCCGCCGCUUUUCCUCGCUCCUGGUCCCCCUCCAGUAGACCCCCUUCCCCCUCAGGGUCCUGCUCCUUCAGGUGUCUCUCAGGUAGACCCUCCUCCCGUCGCUGAGCCUGUCGAGGUCACAGGUGACUCAGGUGCUGCUGCAGGUGGUGCUGCUGGGAGUGCUGAGCCUGGGGGUGCUGAGCCUGCGGGUGCUGGGCCUGGGGGUGCUGCGGCUGCGGGUGCUGGGACUGAGGGUGCUGGAGCUGAGGGUACUGUGCCUGAGAGUUCGGAGCUUGGGGGUGCUGAGCCUGGGGGUGCUGCGACUGGGGGUGCUGAGCCUGCGUGUACGGAGUCUGGGGGUGCUGAGCCUGGGGGUGCUGCGCCUGGGGGCACUGAGCCUGGGGGUACUGCGACUGAGCCUACGGAGCCUGGGGUUGCUGCGUCUGGGGGUGCUCCGCCUGGCUCCCCCCUCCCUGCUCCUGUACCUUACACUGCACUGCCGGACUCGCUUACGGAGCGUCGUGAGCCUGUGUCUCGUCCUGCCUCGCCUGUUCGUGCUACUCGCACUGCUCGCACUGGUCCCACUGGUCGUCGUGUCGCGCGUCCGCGUCCUCCUCCUGUUCCUGGCACGCAUAUUAUGGCCCUUCGUCCUUCCACUGGUCCACAGCGUGUCCCCCUACCGUCUCCUCCUGCGUCUUCUCUUCCUGACGUUCCCGACCCUGAGUCUGACAGUGUUCGUGCUGCCCACCCUACUGUUACGCGUCUUCUCGCCACUGUUGUCACUGACCCGUCGUUUGAGUCUUCUGCUGCGUCUGCCCUGGUCGCUGAGCUUGUCGACUUUGCUGCUGCCUGUCGUCUAGACUACGCCGCCAGUCUUGUUGCUGGGUCUGAGUCUGUCUGUCCUCCGUCCGUCGGGGGUGAGUGUGCUCUUGGCACGGACGUCCUUGAGGACAGGCAGGAGGACUUUGACUCUCUUGCGGCUGCUGUACCUCAUCUCGUGGCCUGGUUGCUUGCCCCUGAGGGAGACCCGGAUGCACUAGACAUCCCCACUCCGCGCUCUUACGCAGAGGCGAUCUCGGGUCCCUACUCCUCUCAGUGGCAGACAGCCAUGGACGCAGAGAUGGCAUCCUGGAAGUCCACAGGCACCUACGUCGACGAGGUUCCCCCUCCUGGGGCGAACAUCGUCGAUGGCAUGUGGAUUUUCAGGGUGAAGCGGCCGCCAGGUUCUCCACCUGUCUUCAAGGCUCGUUACGUUGCUAGAGGCUUCAGUCAGCGUCAGGGGGUUGACUUCUUUCAGACCUUCUCCCCCACCCCGAAGAUGACCACUCUUCGGGUUCUGCUGCACGUUGCUGCUCAGCGUGACUACGAUCUUCACUCUCUUGACUUCAGCACAGCGUUCUUGCAGGGCAGCCUGCAUGAGGAGAUCUGGCUGCGCCGCCCACCUGGCUUUACUGGGUCGUUUCCUCCUGGUACCCAGUGGAGCCUCCGGCGGCCAGUCUACGGUCUCCGCCAGGCACCGCGCGAGUGGCACGACACACUGAGGACUACACUUGCGGCCCUUGGGUUUGCUCCUUCCACUGCUGACCCGUCACUGUUCCUGCGCACAGACACGUCGCUGCCGCCGUUCUACAUCCUCGUGUACGUCGACGACUUGGUUUUUGCUACUGCUGACACUGAGGCACUCGCUCGUGUGAAGUCGGAGCUACAGAAGAGACACACCUGCACUGACCUGGGUGAGCUGCGUAGCUACCUUGGCUUGCAGAUCACCCGGGACAGAGCACGCCGCACCAUCACCCUGACUCAGUCACACAUGGUGCAGCAGGUCCUUCAGCGCUUCGGCUUCCAGUUCUCCUCACCACAGGCCACACCUCUGGCUACCAGCCACUCGCUCUCAGCUCCACCUUCGGACGAGUCCGUAGAGCCGAGUGGCCCGUACCCAGAGCUUGUAGGCUGCCUCAUGUACCUGAUGACUUGCACGCGACCUGACCUCGCGUACCCUCUUAGCAUCCUUGCUCGUUACGUUGCGCCUGGGAGACACAGGCGAGAGCACUGGGAGGCUGCUAAGAGGGUGCUGCGUUACUUGUGCAGUACAUCAGGCAUGGGGCUGGUGCUUGGAGGACGCGACAGAGUUGUCCUCACUGGUCACUCGGACGCUUCUUGGGUGGACGACCUGGCUACGCAGCGGUCGUCACAGGGUUACACCUUCAGCCUUGGCUCUGGUUCUGUCUCGUGGCGGUCCACCCGCUCUUCUUCUGUUCUCGGCUCUAGUUGUGAGGCUGAGAUCUACGCCACGGCCAUGGCUGCACAGGAGUUACGCUGGCUCACCUACCUGCUGACUGACUUGGGAGAGCGGCCUAGUUCUCCUCCAGUUCUGUACGGUGACAACAAGGCGGCCCUCAGGAGCACAGACUGGAGCACAGGACGAAGCACAUUGCUCUUCGCUACUUUCUUGCUCGAGAGCUUCAGCAGCGCGGUCAGCUUCGGCUUGUGUACAUGGACUCGAAGGCCAACACUGCUGAUAUCUUCACCAAGGCGCUCCCGCCUAGUGAUCAUCAGCGGCACUGUACUUCUUUAG